UAAAGCAGAAAACAAGGAGAGCACAGCCAUGCCUACUCAGGCUUAUACUUCUACUGAGGAUGGAACAGUUGCCACAGUGAUUGAGGAUGGAACCCAUGGAGAUAAGGAGAGCACAGCCAUACCUAAUCUAGCUCGUAUUUCUACUGAACUCGAAAUUCUUGCCACAGUGAUUGAGGAUGGAACCCAUGGAGAUAAGGAGAGCACAGCCAUGCCUACUCAGGCUUAUACUUCUACUAAGGAUGACACAGUUGCCACAGUUUUUGGGGAUGAAACCGAU